CUUUAAGCCUAUAAAACCGGUGGGGGAGGGGAGAGCGAUUGGAUUCGAGAUUCCUAAAAUCGCUUUCAGCUCUAAAUCGAAAUUCCCUGAAUACUGGGUCCUGAAUAAACAUUUACUGAAUAAACGAAAGGUGAAUAAAUAUGGAGGAGGCAGGGGAAGGUGGGGAAUUCAAUUCGACAGACGUUUAUAUACAAAACAAAAACCCAACAUUCUAAUGCUAAUUUCGAGAUAUAAAGACGAGCUCACAGUAAAUAAAUUAUCCUACAACGCAAUACAAAGUGCUGGUAAGUGACAGGAAAAGGAAAGGGCUCGUUUUCCCUCCUGGGUGGCACGAACGAUGCUUUGAAAGGAGCUGGGGAUUUUAGGAGGCCGGGGAGAGGAAGGAGGAACUAGUCAGUACGUGUCACUCGCGCGGCUUCCAGAGGAAGGAGGCCGGGAGAUGUUGCGUGGUGGGUAAAACCAUAGCGAGCAGGGCUUUUCUCUAGGACCGAGAGCUGAUCUUGAGCAAGACAGCGGAAGUGGUUUGACUUAGGGAACGAAGUGAGGGAAAGAUGACCGACGGGAAGGGUGGGGGAGCGGAGAGACUGCGGUACACAGUGUGAAGGAAUUGAGGGCAAGGGCGGGGAGAAGCUGAGGGGGGUAGCGGGAAGGGGAGGAGGAGCCAGGGACACUCCCAGGAGGAGGAGAUGAAGGAGGAGGAGCCAGGGACCGUUCUGGGGGGAGGGGGACGAGGAGGGAGAGAAAAAAGGAGGGGGAACUAGGCCCAGGCCUAGGGGGAGGGGAAGGAGGUUCCGGAGGGAGGAGGGGCCUCCGCCGCAGCUCCAUGUUGUUCCGAGCGCUCCGCCGCGUCCUGCGGCAGCGGUGGCACAGCUACAAGUACCGCUUCGUGCCCUGGAUUGCGCUCAACCUGAGCCAGAACCGGAGGACCUUGAGAUAUGUUCCAGAGAACUGCAAAGACAAAAUUAUCCCAGAUGAAGAUGUCCUAGCAACAUUACUGAAAGUCUUUCAGGCUCUGUUCGUAAGUGACUUCAAUAGACAGACAGACAUCCUUGUCUUGCUUCCAGAAACCAUUAAAUCAAAAUAUCGGGAUUUAUUGGUUACUCACCAUCAAAGGACUGAACUGCCCAGAUGCAACGUUCAACAACAAAAUAUCUACAAGCCAGGAGAAGUUCUUUUAAAUACGUUGGGCUUCAGCAUCUCCCGAGAAACUAGUUCAUUGAUUUCUGCAGGAAAAGGUGUCUUCGUUACCAAAGGAUUUGUGCCAAAAGGAGCAGUUGUAUCUAUGUAUCCUGGUACAGUGUAUCAGAAACAUGAGCCAAUUUUUUUCCAAUCCAUUGGAAAUCCCUUCAUUUUUAGAUGCCUAGAUGGGAUGCUUAUUGAUGGAAACGAUAAAGGAAUAUCAAAAGUUGUAUAUAGAUCAUGCAAUGGGAGGGACCAACUUGGCCCUUUUAAAAUGAGUGACAGUACAUGGCUGACGUCAGAGGUUCAAAAUCCACUAGCUGUGGGACAGUAUGUGAACAACUGCUCCAAUGCCCAUUGCGAUGUGUGGUUCUCGUGGCACUCAGGGACAUCCAGCAAGGAGAAGAGCUUUUUUCCAACUACUACACGAUUAUCAACUAAUUUGACGGAAUUGGUUUUUCUAUUUAACCGUUCAUUUGACUCGAGGGUUUUUCUCAGUGUAUUUCUCUGGGAUGUAUGUUGUGGAUAUUUGUCUUUAAGAUCUCAUUAGUCUGGGGAUUUUCAUUUUCAUGUAAAUAUUGCUUUUAUAUUUUGAUGCAGUGAUGGAAGCUAUCUGCUUCAGUGACUUUUAAAAUUUGUCUUGCUAAUUCAAGAAAAAAUGCUUUUCACCUAAAUACACGAUAGCUUAUUAAAUUAAAAUCAGCUUUCUGAACA